AUGUCCUGCUACCAGCCCUGCAACCCUUGCUGCCAGCCCUGCGGGCCCACCCCGCUGGCCAACAGCUGCAAUGAGUGCUGUGUCAGGCAGUGCCAGAGCUCCACCGUCGUCAUUGAACCCUCCCCCGUGGUGGUGACCCUGCCCGGGCCCAUCCUCAGCUCCUUCCCACAGAACACCGCCGUGGGAUCCUCCACCUCCGCUGCCGUUGGCAGCAUCCUCAGCUGUGAUGGAGUGCCCAUCAACUCCGGGGGCUUUGACCUCUCCUGCAUCACCAACCGCUCCUGCGGCAGAAUCUGCUGA